CAAAACACCGAACAAUAAAAAAAACUCAGAUCAAGAAUUUUAAAACAAAAAACUCAAUCCAAACCCAGAUUGUUUGAGUUCAUGGUCCUUUGCUCUAUGUAUGUGAGUGGGAUUGUAAGAUUGGAUUUUAUUUUGGUGGGAAGCUUGGGGUUUGAUUUUCUUUGGCUGGACAUGACGGAGUGGGGAGGGAAGCUGGGAUUUGGAUCUUUUGUGGUUGCAUGGUUUGGUAGUUGGUAAAGUCAUUGAAGAUUUUGAACUAUUCUUCAAGGUUGUAGGGGCUUCUUCUUCGCUUGAUUUGAUUCGAGGAGUGCAGAUGGGAGUUGUGUAAUUGGAGGGACAAUGACUGUCCAUUUGAAAAAUAAGUGAGGGCAUUAUGGGAAAGCCAAAAAAUUUCAUUAAAACCACCGGUUAAAUUUUUUUUAAAGCAGCUUUUGAAAGCUGCCUUCUCCCUGCUUUGGAAAAACAGCGGUCACUGACCGCAAUUUUUUAAAAAAGCUGAUUCUUGAUGUUUACCAAACACCUUAGUUUUGGUAAUUUUUUUUAAAGCUGCUUUUUUAAAAAUUUAAUCACGCCCAAACGCUACCUAAGUAAUCCCGAAAGCGAAAAGGAGGUGGACAUAAAACCUUUUCUUUUCACCACUCUCCAUCUAGUAACGAUUUCACCUCCGAUGGGUAUUAAUUAGUAAAUACUAGACUAACCCACAAGGCCAGUCUCGAAACUUCAGGUGAAUCAUCGUGCGCCGCUGCCCCCGACCACAUUCUCAGAGACUUUCAUCAAACGGUUUUGUCUGACCAUUUUCGAAGCGCAGUUCUUACAGUAGCAGCAGAGUUUGAUCCUUCUCUACCUCUUUUAUCAGUCAGAUUGGAGAGAGAGAGAGAGAGAGAGAGAGAGGGGAUAAGGAUAUAUUGGCAUGGCAUUUCGUGGAGGUGCACAUCGCUCUCUUGGCUCAUUCCUGUAUAACAGGUUGCUUAACACUAGUUAUAGUUCUUCAAGUACUUGUACUGCUUCUGCUGCUGCCAAUGGACGUGGUUUUUCAACCUGGGUUUCAAGUAGAAGAUCUUCAUUUGCUCAAACCACAGAGAUCCCAACCUCAAUUCCUCUCAAAUUUGCCAAUACCCAAUGUGGGUCUGCUCUUUUUCUAAGAAGGUUUAGCGUGGGAACUUCUUCUUCUUCUUCUUCUGACCAAAUGAGCCUUAUAAAACAACUGAGGGAGAGAACCAGUGCUCCAAUCAAAGACGUCAAGGCUGCUCUCAUUGAUAGCAAUUGGGACAUUGAGGCUGCACAGAAGGAAUUGAGGAGAAGAGGGAAGGUUUUGGCGUCGAAAAAGUCAUCUCGAAUGGCUGCUGAGGGUUUGCUGGCAUUGGCCCAUAACGAGAGCAAGGCUGCUGUCAUUGAACUUAACUGCGAGACUGACUUUGUUGCUCGAAAUGAUAUCUUUCAGCACUUGGCCUUAGCUUUGGCAAAGCAAGCUUUGCUAGUUGAAAGCUCUUCUCAACUCAGUUCUGGGGUCUUCCAUGUUCCCUCUGAGGAUUUGGAGGACUUGAAGUUAAAUCUUGAACAUCCAAAAGUUAGUGGAGAAAUAACUGUUCAGAAUGCAAUUACAGAAGUAGCUGCAGUGAUGGGGGAAAAUGUUAAACUUAGAAGGGGUAUUGUGAUGUCUACAACUUCACACGGUGUUGUUUCUACCUACCUCCAUACAAGUCCCCAACCAGGUUUAGGUCGUAUUGCUGGAAUUUUAUCUCUUUCAGUAGAGGACAAAAAUUCUCAAUUGGAUGCUAUCCAGCGCGUUGGUUCGCAAUUGGCAAUGCAUGUAGUGGCAGCGAAGCCCUUGUUCUUAACAAAGGAACUUGUUUCUUCUGAUGUAUUAGAGAGUGAACGUGAAAUUCUUAAGUCUCAGGCUGAAAGUACGGGUAAGUCUCAGAUGGCCAUAGAUAAAAUUGUAGAAGGUCGCUUGCGUAAAUACUAUGAGGAAGUUGUUCUUAUGGAGCAGAAGUUUAUUAUGGACGACACCCUAACUGUAAAGAAACUAUUAGAGAAUCUAUCUACGGAAGUGGGAUCACCUGUGAAGAUUGAGAGCUUUUUCAGGAUGGAAGUGGGAGAAGGAAUUCAAAGGCUGGAAGCAUCCAGUGCAUCGGAAAACUUGGCUCAGGCUAUUUGAGGAAAUGCUGCCCUUCCAUCCACAGAAAAGUGGAGUUUAGUUCCAAACAGCUCCAGAGAUGAAUCAGGGUUGUGCCUGUUGAUUUUUGCAGAUUCUGAUGCUCUGAGAUCAUACAAACAGCAUGCGUUCUUUGCACUCGCUAGAGGUAGUUAUAGUAAUGUCGAAAUGAGGUAUUUUUGUUGCCUGAUGUUUGCAGGUUCUGAUGUAAUGAGAUUUUGAAAUGCCAUUUAUGAAUUUUGUGACAGAUGUGAGAUUCUUUACUUUCUGCCAACAAACACAAAACAAAGUAAUAAAGUUCAUGCUGUCUCUGGCAUACAUUUACCUAUUCAGUACGUCAA